UCAGAUUUGUAGCAAUGUGGAAGAAGGUCAUAGCAAAAUAAGAAUUUGAUUGUACAGAGUAACCUGUUGAACUGCAUAAAUAAAUAUAAUGAAUCUUGCAUUAUUUUGCACUGGUUGUGUGUACUUAUCAAACAGCCUCCCCAUGUGGACUGGCUUACUUAACCUAAGUCACCACAUCCAGAUUCUGCUCUCCCCAUCUCCAAACGGCUGGUUCUUUACAGAGCAGAUCACACAUUUCAGUAACUAAUCGCACUGGAUGGGUUAUGUGUCAGUGCCUUGAGUAAGAAGUAGGCACUAUUUUUAGAAGUAAAAACACAUCUACUGGUGCAUACAGAAAUAUUCAUGUCUUCCUGCUUUUUUCAUCUAUUAUUGGGAGCGUUUUUGUCGCACCAGAAUGUCAGAAGGGGACAGUGUUGGGGAGUCAAUCCAUGGGAAACCAUCUGUAGUUGGUGCCUUUUUCACACGGAUUGGACAGGUCUAUCAGUCAUGGCUAGACAAGUCAACGCCAUUCUAUGCAGCGCGAUGGGCAGCUACUCUCCUACUUACUGCUAUCUACAUGAUCAGAGUGUACAUACUACAGGGUUGGUAUAUAGUAACAUAUGCACUGGGAAUCUACCAUCUCAACCUGUUCAUCGCUUUUCUAUCGCCAAAAGUGGAUCCCUCAAUGCUUGACGAAGAUGACGGCCCAUCCCUUCCUACCAAGCAAAACGAGGAGUUCCGCCCUUUCAUCAGAAGGUUGCCUGAAUUCAAAUUCUGGCAUUCAGCAACAAAAGGCAUCGUCAUCGCCAUGAUUUGCACAUUUUUUGAAGCCUUCAAUGUGCCAGUGUUCUGGCCCAUACUUGUAAUGUACUUCAUCAUGCUCUUCUGCAUCACCAUGAAGAGACAGAUCAAGCAUAUGGUCAAGUACAGAUACCUGCCCUUCACACAUGGGAAGAGGACAUACAAAGGCAAGGACGAAACAGGGAAAACUUUUGCUAGUUAGAAUCUCCCCCUUUGCCCUCCUCAUUUUAAUUUUAUUGGUCACAGUUAAUGGGGAGAGACGAGGUUUAGAGGUUGAUUUACCUUUUUCUAAGUGGGACAUUAACAUGAAUUUAUGACAUGGAAAAUAAAAAUGUUGAUCCAGAUGAGGAUAUGACCAGCAUGGAUCAGAUUAGUCUGGGAAAAUUGCCUUUGUCUAUUUAGUUUUUUUUUUUUUCUUCUUGAGGAUCGAUCCUCAUUUUAGGAUUGGUCUGCUAUUGUUCAGUAGUAGGUGAUACUCAGUGCUGCCUUUUUGCCUCUUUAACCCAAUGGGGUAAGUAUAAAGUCACCAAGGGAAAAACUACACUGAAAAAAAAGUUGCCGUGAAAUUUGGGAUUUUUCAGUUUUUUUUUUUUU